GUAGCUAUGUACGUCAAGAAACCAAUACUUUUCAACCACCGUAGACCUGCACACAGCCACUACAGAAGCAACUGGCAGUCCAUAACCAAAAAAAAGCGGAAAUCCAGGUUUUUCUUAUUUCUCCUUCAUGAAGACGGGAGAAGAAAUAAGUGGUAGAUAGGAAGCAGCAACCAACAAAGUAUCUGAAUGGACAUACAGUAGCCAUUUCUGUUGCUGUGAUUAGUGGUUCACCUGGAGCAUCUCUGCUUGUGUGACACCUCACCUUUAACCUCUGGGGUCCAGCCUUAACAGACGAACACGUCCUUCCUGAGAAGCAGGAUGUCUGAACUGUCUGCUUUCCCCCGAAUGUCCUUCCUGUUGCUUUGCAUUCUGGGUAUGACCUUGGUGACAUCUGGCUUCCCUCAGCCUGGACUACCUCUCAGAAAUCCUGAUGAUUCAGAGGAACCUAAACUAGACGACUGGGAUGUCCUCUUACCCUCCAUCUCUCUCCGUAAUUGGAGCAUUCAAAUGAUGUCAGCACCCAGCCUCAGAGCUCCAGCCGACAGCAAGGCAAGACUGAUGAGGGAGGCGUGGCUCUUUGCCCCUGAGAAAGCAGAGGCCAGCAUGGAGAGGGCGUGGCCUGCAGAAUGGUCGUCUCAGGGUGCCGGCAUGAUGAAGAGGAACAUGGUGGUGGCUGAUGAUGCUGCCUUCAGAGAGAAGAGUAAACUCCUCACCUCCAUGGAGAGACAGAAGUGGCUCAAUUCCUACAUGCAGAAACUACUGGUGGUUAAUUCUUCAUGAUAAUUAAGUCUUUACAACAGAAAAUCAAACCACCUCUGGACCCUUCACUGGCAAAAAGCUUUUUAAAAGGGAUACACCAAGUCUCUGGGUUAUUGUCAGUCCAUCAACUUCUGAGACAAGAAAAU